GACGACGACGACGACGACGGCCAAUCAAAAAGCAAAAAAAAGUGUGUGAAGAAGAGUGCUCUCCAUCAUCACCAGGAACUUCAGGGUGAUAGAUAUUUCAGUGAAAAUCCUAGUUUAAUCCGCGUUCCAGCCCAGAAAUUCCAUCGUGAACCGAAACUACCCGUUGCGUGCUUCAUUUUACACUAGUUCACGCGUCGCCCAUUCCUGUUGCGUCGCGUUUCUCUGCUAGUGCUUGCCUUGAGCUUAAUUUUUUAGCAGAUUUUGGAAUCGAAUCAGCUACGCAAACAUCAUGUUCAUUUGGGAUUGGUUCACCGGUGUUCUGGGUUACUUAGGCCUAUGGAAGAAGUCUGGCAAACUGCUAUUCCUAGGUCUGGAUAAUGCCGGUAAAACGACGCUGCUGCACAUGCUCAAGGACGACAGACUGGCACAGCACGUACCGACGUUACAUCCCACAUCCGAGGAACUGUCCAUCGGAAACAUGCGGUUCACCACAUUCGAUCUGGGUGGACACACGCAAGCCCGUCGCGUUUGGAAGGAUUACUUCCCGGCGGUGGAUGCGAUCGUAUUCCUGAUCGAUGCCUGGGACCGUAGCCGUUUCUCCGAGAGUAAAAACGAACUGGAUUCAUUGCUAACCGACGAAGCCCUGUCCAACUGUCCAGUGCUCAUUCUGGGAAACAAAAUCGACAAACCAGGUGCAGCUAGCGAGGACGAACUUAGGAAUCACUUCGCCCUGUACCAGUUGACCACCGGAAAGGGUAAAGUAGCACGUAACGAACUUCCUGGACGUCCCCUGGAGCUGUUUAUGUGUUCAGUGCUGAAACGACAGGGCUACGGAGAGGGUUUCCGCUGGCUCGCUCAGUACAUCGACUAAUAAUGGAGAGCUGAAUUUGUGCGCUAGGUUGAUCAUACAUUGACAAACAGAUAGGAACAAUAGCAGCAGAGCGGCAACAACGAUCGGCGGUGAACUACACAUUCUACACACAUACAGCAAAUGCGCAUGCAGUACAGUAACAAACUACUUUGUUGCUACAGAAUUUAGGGCAAAUGUGGGAGUUUUUCGGGCGAUGGGGUUAAGAAGUAUUUAGGGACGCGUGAUAUUUAAUAAAAGAAAAUAGUUGAAACCAAUUGAGCAUCUUCUACUACUGGCUGGUUCACACCGACAACCAGACGUCAACCAUUCACACAGACACACAUACACACAUAACAAUACACAAGUGCAUAGCAUCGGACGGUCAACGAGCAGAAGCCGAAGUCAGAUGAGUUUUUACAUCGUCAAAUUUGAAUCUGGAAAACACUUCUCAGAGAACCAUAGCUAAGAAUAUUGAGCCCUCUUUUACCGUUUGUUUAUUAUACUUUUUUCGACUUACUUGUGGUGUACUUUGUUUUAUUUUGUAUUCACAAUUAUGUAUUUGUUCUGCCUCCCCCAAAUGAAUAGUUGUUGGCAUUUAGUUUACAUACUUCCAAACUGUAACACCUUUCAUGAAAAAGACAUACCUAUAACGAGAGUAACUCACAGCCAAGCUGAAGUGCUGAGAGAUAAGGAUAUCUUCAAGGGCUACAAAACAGAUCAGAUUUGUGGAAAAAUCAGGCAUUACGUUAUCUACCAAUCAAUAAAAAAAAACUCCAGAAUUUUUAGAUAUAAAACUACAAA